UCAUACAGGAGUGUCUGCCAGCAUGAUGAAGAAAAGAACUUCCCACAAAAAGCAUAGAAACAAUGUGGGACCAAGCAAACCUAUUUCUCAGCCACGAAGAAAUAUUGUAGGCUGCAGAAUACAGCAUGGAUGGAAAGAAGGUAGUGGACCUAUAACACAGUGGAAGGGCACAGUUCUUGAUCAAGUUCCUGUAAAUCCCUCUCUCUAUCUUAUAAAGUAUGAUGGAUUUGACUGUGUGUAUGGACUAGAACUGCACAAAGAUGAAAGAGUUUCAGCACUAGAAGUUCUUCCAGACAGAGUUGCUUCAUCUCGAAUUAGUGAUGCCCACCUGGCAGACACAAUGAUUGGUAAAGCUGUGGAACAUAUGUUUGAGACAGAGGAUGGCUCAAAAGAUGAGUGGAGGGGGAUGGUUUUGGCUCGAGCUCCUAUUAUGAACACAUGGUUUUAUAUCACCUAUGAGAAAGAUCCCGUCUUGUACAUGUACCAACUCUUAGAUGAUUAUAAAGAAGGUGACCUUCGCAUUAUGCCUGAUUCGAAUGAUUCACCUCCUGCAGAACGGGAACCAGGUGAAGUUGUGGACAGCCUGGUAGGCAAACAAGUGGAAUAUGCCAAAGAAGAUGGCUCAAAAAGGACUGGCAUGGUCAUUCAUCAAGUUGAAGCCAAACCAUCUGUCUAUUUCAUCAAGUUUGAUGAUGAUUUCCAUAUUUAUGUCUACGAUUUGGUGAAGACAUCCUAGACGUCAUCAUGAACUUUUGCCAAAUUUGUGGAACUAUUAAAUGUAAAAUUUGUAGACACAAAGACUUGACUGCUUUCCAGUUUAAUGAAAGCUUAAAUGUCCCUGCGAACCCACAAUCUCUGCCAGCAAAACUGUUUUGUUCUGAAUAAUAUAAACAAACGUGACAUUUUGUGUAAGAGAGCUCCUUUUCUUGAAGGAAGUCAAUAUAUUUGGGCAGGAGGGAGUUAAAAGCAAAGAACAGCUGCAAAUUCAAGCUGUGUAAAGUUGAUCUAGUAUUGUAACCAUUAAUCUAAAUUUUUUCAUAGAUUUUAACUUUUUUCUUCAACCUUGCACUCACUUGUUCAACUGCCACAUGCAAGUAUAGUUUGAUAUUUUGAUAUGCCUUCUUUUGUAACAUUAAAUUUAAUUUCUUGGCUACUGGCAGUCCUUGUUUUCAGGGUUGGGACAGAGGUGACUUUUCUGAAAGGUUUCAACAGUUUAUUCAGCGUUGAGGAGUGCCUAACCCAAGUAACAUCAAUCUGCUGUGUUUCUACACUUUGUUUCAAAUUUAGCUUUUCAAGAACUUGCAGUACGUAGAAAUACUUGCGCAUUUUUACUAGUCAUAGGGCAGUAGGUGUUUGACUUAAUGCACCUUUCAGUGAAAAGGCUUUAAACUAUAAAAAUGCAUUUAAUCUGUAUAAUCAGUUAAUCAGAAAAUGAAGGUUAAUGGCCCAUAUUGACAAGUUGUAGGAACCAGUAAAAUACAUGCCACAAGGCUGCCUUCAGUCCUAAAUGUUGUACUACUUUCUUUCUUUGUUACACACACUUCUUAGCAAAACCCAAGUGCUUGGUGCCACAACUUUAACAGUAUAUAUGCUACUUCCGAACACUUUAGACUACGCAUUGGCAAUCAGUAGUCUCUCAUUUAAUAUCAAAACCUAGCAACCUGAAUGUUUAUGUGUGGACUUAGAAGCCUAACAGUAGCUAAAAAAAUAAAUACAAUCUCAUGCCAGGGGAGUUGGGAGGGGGUGUCAUUUCACGUUGAAGACUUACUUUAGAGAAGGAGAAGCAUUCGUUGCCUUCUGCUCAGUCUGUUGUAUUCCUUUGUUUUGUUCUAAACCGUUUUGGUUCAAGAAGGCAUCUUCCCAGUUCAUUCUUUUUCUGACUUUUCCACAUAAGGAGUGUCUGGACAAAUCUACAGCUUAAACCUGUUGUUGCCUUUUGUGGUGUACAUUGUACUUGCUUUGAGGUAUGCUGUUAACGUGAAUUUCAUUCUAUGAACACUAGAGUUCUGCAUGCCAGUGGUGUACUAUCUAAUGGAAGCUAUAGGCAGUCUCAGUGGUUCAGUCAUCUGCAUUAGAUUGUGGAUGUAAAUAGCAGCCCACAACAGCAAAAUCCUGUCACGGUUUUGAUCUUGCAAGUUAGUUGUAAAUGAAAAGUGAAGGUUUUUAAGUGUGGCAGUCUUUAAAAGUAUCAGAAUUGCAACAAGAAUCGGCACAGCAACAAAAUCGUCAUGUUACAUUAAGGCAGAGCUCUGCAAGUUUCAAAGAACUGCUUCACAGAAAUACAGUAUGUGAAGAUAGUCAACACUAUUGAUGGAAGGAACAAAUACUCUGAUAUCCAACCAUAUGCAGUUAGUGGAAGGUUGCAGGAGAGGUGCUGUUAAUCAGAGAUCAGAGGUCCCAGUGACCUCUGUUGUGGGUAUUCUUGUUACUGAAGAUUCAGUGGUUUAAGCCCCUUUCUGUCAAUUUUUUUGCCUGAUUUCAUAUUUUAGCCUUAAGGCUUGUGCCUCAUUAUGCUGUUGAAUGGUAAUAAAUACUCUCCAUAUAAA